CCGACCAUCUUCGAUCAUUCCUCUUUGCCACAAUCGGUCGUCCUCUCUUCGCCACAAUCAAUCGUCCCAAUUUCGCCGCCAUAGAUCGUCUCUGUUCACUAGUGGGUUGCUCAAUCAAGUCUUGCAGAUGAUGAAGAAUGUACAAAGAAGUGGAUUGACUUGAUCGAAGGGGAAUCACAGCAGAAGAUCUGUCCACCCUCUAAAGGAGUACGAAGAGAUACUUUGAAUACCGACGAGUGAUGACGAAUACUCACUUGAAUAAUGACUAGUAGACAGGCCCGCCCAUUAGCAAGUUCAAUAGGUGCAAUAGAACAGGGCCUCUAAAAUAUAGGGCCCAUAUUUUUUUAUAUCUCUAGCCCAAUUAUAAUUAUAAGUUACAAAUCCACUACCCUAAUUACCUAAUACGGAGUACUUCGUAGAUUACUAAAUCACCAUCAGUCGUUCCAAGACUCAUCGGUUCCUCCGAUCCAUGUUGGCCGCUGUCUAACGGAACACUCAUAGACUUCAACGCUGAGAAUCUCCCUCCUUCCUAUCUUCCCAAUUGCGAUCCCUCCUCCUUUAAUACACUAAAUAUGCCAUCUUCCUUUGCCAAUUAACUCCUCAAUUUUUUUUGUAGCGUCACACUGACGAUUGGGUGACUUCAAAUUACGGACGAAUUGGGCAUUUGGCUGGCUUUUAUCGUUAUUCAUAUGUUGGCCUCCAUCUUUUGAAACGUACGUCUAUCACCUACGGUCUAUGUGGGCCUUCUGGACACUGCAAAGAAAGGAGGAAAUGUAGAGAUGAAGAAGAUGAUGAAUAGUACAAUGUAGCCCCCCUUUUUCCACCUCCCUCUCCUCUUCCAAGAAGAGGAGUAUAAAUAGAGGAGUUAGGGUUAGGGUUUCGGAUUAAUGGGCCGACCCAACAGGCUGGGCCGCCCUUAAAUAAAUAAUUAACAUACAACUAAUAGGUCGGUCCAACAGACUGGACCGCCUCAACUAAUAUUAUACAAAGAUCGGAUACCCCCUGUUCGGGGUAUCCAUUAUGAGUCCCCCACUUUCCGAGCCGAUAGGAACUCGAGGUGAAGUGGAAGUAGAGCAAAAAUCCACCACGGAAGGACACCGUCUUCCUUGCUGUCUAGAGUGCACCGCCAACUCGCUGUCCCGAGCACGGUGAAGUAAGGCAAACAACGCCAUAGGUCAGAAAUGUAAUGCCAACUCGCUGUCCAGAGUAAGGCGAGGUGAAAGAAUCUGCACCCAUGGAUACGAGGUGCUCUGCCGACUCGCUGUCCGGAGCGACAAUGGGAAAGAAGUAGAAGCAAUCAGCAUGAAGUGCACUGCCAACUCGCUGUCCGGAGUGGCAAAGUGAAACAAGUUGUAGCAAUGAGCGUGAAAGGAGAUGCCAACUCGCUGUCCAGAGUGGCAAGGUAAAAGAAAUUGCUCCAAUCAGCAUGGAGCGCACUGCCGACUCGCUGUCCGGAGCGGCAAAGUGAAAGGGUCUGCACCAAUGAGUACGAGGUGCACCGCCGACUCGCUGUCCGGAGCGGCAAAGGGAACAAAUCGUAGCACUAAGCACGAAGUGCGCUGCCGACUCGCUGUUCGGAGUGGCAAAGUGACAGAAAAUGCACCAAUGAGUACGAGGUGCGCUGCCGACUCGCUGUCCGGAGUGGCAGAGUGAAAGAAAUUGAAGCAGUGAGCAUGAAGUGCGCUGCCGACUCGCGAUCCAGAGCGGCAAGGUAAAAAGUCUGCCUCAAUCUGCUCAUCGUCUCUAAAUGAUCUGCUCUCGUACAGAGUGCAUCGUCAAUUCGUUGUUCAGCGCACAACGAUCACAAUAAGAGUGGGUGAUGGAGUCGUCAUCCGCAGUGAAUCAAGAAAAACAUUGAAAAAAGGUGUGGGGUCUUCGAGUAAAGGAGAUUGUGUGAACUCAGAAGAGGCGCUCUUCGAGUCCCCCAGACUCGUUGUCCGGAGUCGGGGCCGUUUGUCAUAAUGUAUCGCCAAAAAGUGCAUGCCGGCACGAACUACCGUAGUGCCACGUUAGAUCGAGAUGUCGAUCUGCCAAGUUCUCACGGUCUGCGAUGUAACAAUCAUGAGCCGAGUACCCGGAGUCCCCCACUCCCUAAGCCGAGGAAGAAUUCCGAGGUGAAAGGGAGUAGUGUUCAUGCUCGGCUCUGGUGGGAGUCUUUGGUCCCCUCGCUCUGUUAUGACUUCUGUGCACAUAUCAUUUUGCUUGAAAAAUCUCAUACAAAGAAAAAUAAACUGGUGGGCUUGGCCAAUAAGCUUGACCAGAUCACCCACCCUGUGAGUAGUUAGGUUGUGCCCUAGAAAGUGGGCUAGGGGGUGUGCCUUGGGAUGGCAUUGAAGAGUGCCUCGAGAAGAGGGCAUAGGAUGCCUCAUGAGAUGAGGGUUUAUAUACCUUGCUUGGGAGGUGGUCAAGGCCAACCUCGGGAAAGCAGUUGAAUUUGUUUGGGAGAUAACUGUAGUGCCUCGUGAAGUGGCCGAGGCCGACCUCAGGAGAGGGCUUUUGGUUGCCUCGGGAGACGAGGGCUUAAGUUCUUGGCGAGGUGGCCGAGGCCAACCUCGGGAAAAGAGUCAAGUGCCUCGUGAGGUGGAUGGGACCAACCUUGGGAGAGGACUUUUGGGUGCUUCAGGAGACGAGGGCGUAAGCAACUUGCAAGGUGGCCGAGGCCGACUUUGGGAAAAGAGUCGAGUGCCUCGUGAGGUGACUAGGGCCUACCUCGGGAGAGGGCUUUUAGUUGCCUUGGGAGACAAGGGCUUGAGUGCCUCGUGAGGUGGAUGGGGCCGACCUCGGGAGAGGGCUUUUGGGUUCCUCGGGAGACGAGGACUUGAGUGCCUCGUGAGGUGGAUGGGACCGACCUCAGGAGAGGGCUUUUGGGUUCCUCGGGAGACGAGGACUUGAGUGCCUCGUGAGGUGGAUGGGACCGACCUCGGGAGAGGACUUUUUGGUGCCUCGAAAGACGAGGGCUUAAAUGCCUUGUGAGGUGGACGGGGCCGACCUCGAGGAAGGACGUUUUAGUGCCUCGGGAGACGAGGGCUUAAGCAACUUGCAAGGUGGCCGAGGCCGACCUUGGGAAAAGAGUUGAGUGCCUCGUGAGGUGACUAGGGCCUACCUCGGGAGAGGGCUUUUAGUUGCCUUGGGAGACAAGGGCUUGAGUGCCUCGUGAGGUGGAUGGGGCCGACCUCGGGAGAGGGCUUUUGGGUUCCUCGGGAGACGAGGACUUGAGUGCCUCGUGAGGUGGAUGGGACCGACCUCGGGAGAGGGCUUUUGGUUGCCUUGGGAGACAAGGGCUUGGGCAACUUGCAAGGUGGCCGAGGCUGCCCUUGGG